UUUAAGUCAGUACAACAAGAGUGAAAACACAACUGUUCUAAUCAUGUUUGCUAAAGUCGUUUUCUUCUGCGCAGCCCUUGUGGCAGCUCACGCCUCCCUCCUCGCUGCACCCAUCAUCAGCACCGGAAUCAGCAACAGAGCUCAGACUCAGGAUGCUUUCGGCAAUUACGCUUUCAGCUAUGGCAUUAAAGACGGACUCGGUGCUACCAACUCUCGUGCUGAAGUAGGCGAUGCUCUCGGAAACAAGAAGGGAUCUUACACCCUUGCUGACAUCGACGGAAGGGCCCGACGAGUAGACUACGUCGCUGAUGGUCUUGGAUUCCGAGCCAGCGUCAAGACCAACGAACCAGGAACCGCUGCCAGCGCUCCAGCAGCCGCCCUCAUCGCCAGUCCCUAUGCUGGACCCGUCGCUCCUGUCAUCAACCAUGUGGCCCCUGCUGCUGCCAUUGCCGCCCCUGCAAUCGCUGCACCCCUUGCUCUCGGUGGAAUCAUUGGAGCCGGGCCUCUUGGUCUUGGGCAUGGAGCAGGCCUUUUGGGACUCGGACUCGGCAAAGUUCUGAUCUAAACUGCGUAUUUUAAAUUUGUUGUAAUUAAAAGUAUUGAGUAAUUGUAGCAUGGAUUUUGUGAAAUAAAUUUAUUUUAAUCAGAA